UAUUCAGUGUUCAGUGAUUGGCCGUUCGCAACCCAGUGAUUGGUCGCGAUGAAAAUUAUCAAAGUUAUAAAGGUACAACUAAUUACUUUUUUUUAAUUGUAACUAACAAAACACUCAUUGAUUGUCUAUUGCGCCCAAGUACUGUUAAAAAUUAGUGUCCGUUAAUCAUUGCAGAGUAUCAAUCAUCGUCAUAAUGUUUGUUGUGCUAUAAUGAUUAUUGUUAUUAAUUAUUGAAGCGUCAUGUUGACCAGUUCGUCCGAUUGCCAGAGUACAUAUUGAGUGCAGGUGUACUGACGCUCGGUAUUUAUUUGUGACAAGUGUAGUUUCUUUAGCUUGAGUCUGAGUGCUGGUGACCUUAUCAUUGUCAUCAUCAUCAUCAUCAUCGUAAUCUUCAUAACGUCGCUAAAUAUAUAUGUAUAAAUAAUAUACAUACGUGUAAAUUAUUACAAGUAUAUAUUUAUAUUCUUGUACUAGAAUUGGGACUUUCAUUCAACUUAAUUGUGCAACAACGUCAAAACGUGAACUGCUGGGCAGUUCGUGGCGUCUUUGAGAUACGAUGGAUCAAAUGAUUGCAUUGAGCACUCAAAAUCCACUGUCAUUGCUAAUGAAAUUCGGAAUGAUGGCCUGGAAUAGUACUUGCAAUGAUAAUUGUUCUGGCCAUGGAGAGUGUCAUAACGGGACUUGUUUAUGUGAGAUACAAUUUGAUGGCAGCGAUUGCCAUGUCCCGAAUUCGAGCUACUACAUAGCAUUUGCGACAAUGUUUUUCAUACUUGCGUUUGUUUGUCUAACGCAACUGGUGAUGUGCAUUGUUGCUGAGUGGCAGAAAAUGAAAGCACCCUCAUUUUUGCGCGCUUGCAGAGUAACUACCCAGAAAGUGCUGUACUUUAUUGUCUUUCUAGCAACUGCUGUACGAGGAGCUUACUUUACUUGCCCAACUGCAUUCGCAGAGGGCUGGUCGAGAACACUAUCAUCAACCUACUACCCACUGUUACUAAGCGGAUCAUCUUUAAUAGUUUGUUUCUGGGCAGAAGUAUUUCAUGUCCCGGAUAUCCGCACAGAGAAACCACUUUUCUUAUCAAAAUCUUUCUUAGCAUUCGUCGUUUUCAAUAUCAUAAAUUACUCUUUACUGCUCGCUGAGUUUAUCACGUCCCAGAUGAAAUCGGAAGUCGACCAGAGCUUCUAUACAAAUGUUUUCAAUGGUUGUUAUGCUGUACUGCUAUUUAUUGUCGUUGUUUUUUAUUUGAUUUACGGCGUUGAAGUAUUUUUCAAGAUUCGUGGUGGUUUUAUUGUUAAAUAUCAAGAAAUAUCGAUUGCAACAAAUGUCCGUACUCCGGGUGAAGAUAAAAAUAAUGAGGAACCAACAACCGCUAAAUUAUUUGAGCCAACGCCAUCGACUUCCGCAGAACCUAUUAAUGUUUCUCAUUAUGUGAACACAUCGCAAUUGAAUCAGUCACGAUUUGGAAUCCUGUCACAGGCAUUUAUGUUAUUCAUCGUAAUAGCAUUUUUGUUUAGUGAAACAUUGAGUGAAUUUUGGAAAACCAAGGUUCCAUUAGUCAGUCGUAAUUACCACAAUGUUGUUUUUCGUAUAAUUGAAGUUGGUGUAGCUCUCUGGUUCCCUUGUGUGCUUUGGAACUGUAUGAGCCCGGAACGUUUGUGGAUACUAAACCCAAAAAGAAUUUUAAAACACUUGGAUUUGGACCAAUCAAAGUAUCCGAAAGAAGGAGAGCUCCAGGAAAAGCGUUGCUCAGUUGACACUAAAUUGCUCACUGAUAAUGCAUCUGUCAGCAGUAAAGAUUGUUGGAUCUGCUAUGACAGCGAGACACAGGAUGCUGGCCCGUUGAUACAGCCGUGUCAGUGUCGGGGUGAUGUUAGUACUGUUCAUCAUGAUUGCCUGCGUCGAUGGCUAGUUGAGAGCUCAAUGAAUGCAGAUAGUUUGACGUGCAAAGUCUGCGGUAGCAAGUACAAUGUUGAACAUGCCACUAAAUUGGAUUGGCAAAAUAGCAUGACGCCGCGUCAUUGGAUUACAACAAUUGCUACGGUAACAGCAAUGUGCGGAUCAUUUGCGGCUGCUUGGAUACUUAUUCAAUUUGUCGAAAGUCCAAUCAUACGUAUGCUUGCUGCUGGUGCUGCUCUGCUGGUUAUGUAUGUCUGUAUAAGAUUUCUAAGUCUCAAUACAGUAGUGGCUUAUCAGCGCGCUAAAAUAUCAGCAUUAAACAUCGUAAGUUCUGAUUGCGGUAACACUAAAGGGGAACCGGUUAACACCGUCAGCAAUACAGUAGCACUAAACCUGCCCAAAACAGAUCCUACUACAGUGUGAAUAAUUAUAAGAAUGAUGAUAGUCCUUCCCCUGAUCGGU